ACCAUUGGCCAGAGAUUUUUCCAUGGCAUGUAGCCUAGUUGCUACUCCAUUGUCCAGAGAUUUUUCCAUGGCGUAGCCUAUCGAAGACGCUGGAGUUUCCACCGGUGUUUCCAAUAGUCUAACAAGGUGGCUCCGGUCUUUCCCACGAUUCUUGGCUUCUUGCCCUGCUUGUCUUUAACCCCGUCACGCGCUCAUCUCCGAUGGCCCAUCCUUUGGUCAUGGUCAUGGACUCUCCUCUAAUGGAGCCCCUACUGGAUCCCAAUGGCCAGGCUCCGGCUGUCGCAGCCACGCCGGACGAGCACGGCGUUGCCGCCGGAGAUGAGAGCAGCACCGUCGUGGGGAAUGGCAUGGACGCCGACGGGAGUCGCCGCACUGGCGGGGCCAGCGCGCACGCCGAGGAGAACGACAGCGAUGAUGUGAAAGGGGAUGAGAUGUCCGCAUCCAUGCAGCGCCGGCUGGACGAGAGCAGCGCCGUCGAGGACGAGGAGGAGGUGGGCGACGACGCGGAGGCCGACGAGAUGGCAUCGCGCAUGGAGCGCCGCCUGGCUGCGCUCCCCGGGCGGCCCCACGAGAGCGAGCCCUUCACCAUCUUCCGCGUGGCCGGGCCCAUGCGCGACCGCAACCGCCACCUCUACGAGCCGCAGAUGGUGUCCCUGGGGCCCUUCCACCGCGGCGCCGGCCGCCACCUCGACGCCAUGGAGGCGCACAAGUGGCGGUACCUCCGCGACCUCCUGGCCCGCGGCGGUGGCGCGACGCUGGCUGCGUACGCCCGCGCCGCGCGCGCCAUGGAGCCCCGCGCGCGGCGGCGGUACGCGGAGCCCGUGCCGCUGCCGCCCGCCGAGUUCGCCGAGAUGCUCCUCCUGGACGGCUGCUUCGUGGUGGAGUUCUUCCUCAAGGGCGAGGAGAAGGCCGACGACGCGCUCAUCGACGCGUCGUGGGCGAUGCAGAACGUAUACAACGACCUCUUCCUCCUCGAGAACCAGCUCCCCUUCUUCGUCCUCGAGCGCUUCUACGACAUCGCCACCGGCGGACUCGGCCGGGGCCACUUGGUCACCAACGUCCUCGUCAAGUACCUCACCGUCGACAUGGGUGCCGCCCAGGACGCGGAGACCGCGCGGCCCCCCGACGGCGAGAUCCACCACCUGCUGCACCUGUACUACCACUGGUUCCUGCCGCCGGAGGACCGGCCCGGGAGCGGCGCCGGCGGCCCCGCCGGCGCCGGCAAGUCCGAGGACGAGGCGUUCGAGGAGUGGAUGUCGAAGCCGAUGGACGAGCGCAUCCCGUGGCAGCUCCCGUCGGCGUCGGAGCUGAAGGACGCUGGCGUGACGUUCCGCGCCAAGAAGUCCCCCCGGAGCCUCGUGGACGUGACCUUCGACCGGCGCGGCGGCGUGCUGGAGAUCCCGGCGGUGGAGAGCUACACGAACCACGCCAUCUUCGCGAACCUGCUGGCGUACGAGCAGAGCCGGGGCCGGUGGGAGCUGCAGCGGCUGGUGAGCUACGUGCUGCUGAUGGCGUCGGUGGUGGACGCGCGGCGCGACGUGGAGGUCCUGCAGCGGGCGGGCGUGUUUGUGAAGGGGGACGAGGAGACGGCGACGUUCUACGCGCACCUGGGGGAGCUGUGCCCGCCGCCGGAGUUCGUGGAGAACUGCUACGCCGACCUGUUCCGCGACGUGCGGGAGCACUGCGGCCGCAGCUGGAACCGGCACCGCGCCGUGCUGGUGCACGACUACUUCAGCAACCCCUGGACCAGCAUGUCCGCCGCCGCCGCCGUCUUCCUGCUCGUGCUCACCGUCGUGCAGACCGUCUACACCGUGCUGCCUUAUUACAACCCCAGUUAAUUAACCCCGGGACCGGGAUGAUGGUCAAGCAUUAGGCGGAAAGUGACGUUGUGGCGUCACACACGGUCGUCUGCCAUACCAUGUUAGAGUACACGUCACUCCUCUCGAUCAAUAAUUCCUCUUGCAAUAGUACAAAUUCACAUGUUGUAUGACGAAACAUUUCUGUACAAAUAACUUAGUCAAGCAACCUUGUUGUUGAUAACAUUUCUUGGGACCA